UCCUUAAGGUCCCCCAUAUUAUCAUCUCUUUCUUCUUCAACCCCACACUUCUUUAUUCCCAUGUCCCAAUGCUUCCUUUUAGCUUAAUCUCUCCAUUAACUCAUCCAAAUUUCUACUAAUUCAACCUCAAAAAUCUCCAUUUUUAAGCUAAUGGAGGUACUAAUCAAACUUAAUCAACCCCCUUAAUGAUAAUUAUCCAAAACCCUAGAUCUGUCCCCCUAUUAGGUAACUCCAACAACUUUUGCUCUCUAUAUCUCACACACUGAAAGUCUGAAACACCUUUAUAUUAACUCCAGUUGUGAUAAUAAUUUCUGGGUACAGCUUUUUUUGGUGAAUUGUGAAGUGGGUAUUUGGGGAUUUUUGUUCUUUUUUAGGUGGGAGAUGAGUAUGGCGGCGGAGAAUGGGUACAGACCGCCAUUCACGGCGGUGCAGUGGCAGGAAUUGGAGCAUCAAGCAAUGAUAUAUAAGUAUUUGGUGGCGGGUAUUCCUGUGCCGGCGGACCUUGUUGUACCUAUACGACGUAGCUUUGAAUCCAUUUCAGCGAGGUUCUUUCAUCAUCCUAGCUUGGGUUAUUGCUCCUAUUAUGGGAAGAAGUUUGAUCCUGAGCCAGGAAGGUGUAGAAGGACAGAUGGAAAGAAGUGGAGGUGCGCCAAAGAUGCAUAUCCUGACUCAAAGUAUUGCGAGCGGCACAUGCAUCGAGGCCGCAACCGUUCAAGAAAGCAUGUGGAAUCUCAAUCGACUGCCCAGUCCUUGUUGACUAGUAUGUCACAUAAUACUACUGGGAGCAGCAAAACAAGUGGAAACUUCCAACGUAGCAGUAGUGGCAAUUUCCAGCGUAGCAGCAGUGAAGGCUUCCAGAACACGCCACUAUAUUCUGCUGCUAAUACUGAAGGACCAAGUUAUGGAAGUGCCACAACAAAGAUGCAGAUGGAGCCUGCCACCUAUGCAGUAGAUAGCAAGGGGUAUGGGUAUUUCCAUGGAAUGACUGCUGAUGCUGAUGAGCAGAAUUUCUCUCUCGAAGCUUCGGCAGGCACGAGAAGUUUAGGGAUGGGAUCUAACACAGACAGCAUGUGGUGUCUGAUGCCUCCACAACUUCCCUCAAGCCCCAUGGUGAAACCAAAAAAUGAUUCACAGUUGCUAGAUAGCUCGCGACAAAUCCGAAUGCCUAAUCCAUUCGAGCCUAUGAAUGAUACAACUAUUUCGGGACAACACCAACAUUGCUUUUUCAGCAGUGACAUAGGCUCUCCCGGGACAGUAAAGCAGGAGCAACGUUCAAUGCGCCCUUUCUUUGACGAAUGGCCUACAACUAAGGAAUCAUGGUCCAAUCUUGAUGAUGAGGGAUCCAACAAAAACAAUUUCUCCACUACUCAGCUGUCCAUAUCCAUUCCUAUGGCUCCUUCUGACUUCUCUUCAAGGAGUUCUUGUUCCCCAAACGAUGCUUGAGGAAUGCUACCAUUGCAAUAAACAGUUUCCGGUGCUGUGCUGAGAACAGAUAUGCUAGUCAAAUUCUCAUCAGUACGAGUCAAGGGAAUGAACCCCCGCCCCGGAUGUCAAAGUUACCUCUUCAGUUGCUGGAGAACAUCCUGGUACCUAUGCAUGUCUUAUGGUGUUUAGAUGGUUUACAAGACAAUUGCAGCCAGUUUUCGCCGUAUAACGAAAAUAAAUGUACUUUGCCUGUCUUCACUUUCUGGAUUCCAGUUUAAAGAUUGCAAAUCAUGUAAUCUAGUUUCAAAUAAGCUGAUGAUAUUUUAGUCACCAAGUUCUUAUUCUGUGUAUCCUUUAUUUGGAAUUUCUCAUCUUUAGAUGAUGUUUGUUUGCCA